UUUUAGUUGUCGUUUGAAUUUCCAGCGGUGCGGUUGUGUUUUGUUAUAUUGAGAACCGGUUUGGACCUACUAAAUUGAAUUGGAAACGUGACGUGCUGCGUCAAAGGCAUAUAUAAUUUGAAACUGUUUACCCAUUUAAACAAAAUACACAUAAUUGAUUUGUGCAACAUGUUGCUCUGGCUGCUUAUCAUUCUGACGCUGCUGUGCGGCUUUAUUUUCACAAAGACAACCAAAGGCAUACCCAAGUCCUGGUUCGAAUGGAAGACUGAGUUCCGCUAUCAGUACUUGGGCAUUGCUGGACUCAUACAUGAUGCACAAUACGCCUCCAGGGAUCGUGUGGCACUUUAUAAACAACCAGAUCGCAUUGCUGUCAUUACGGGCGGCAAUCGCGGCAUUGGCCUGCGCAUUGUAGAGAAAUUACUGGCUUGCGACAUGACUGUUAUAAUGGGCGUUCGGGAUCCGCGCAGUGCCGAAGACGCUGUUGGCGGCAUUGUCGAUCUCAGCCAGACGAAAGGCAAACUGAUUUGCGAACAGCUCGAUGUAGGGGAUAUGAAGUCGGUGCGUGCCUUUGCGCAAAAGAUCUCGCAGACAUAUGCCAAAGUUGAUUUGCUGAUAAACAAUGCGGGCAUUAUGUUCGCGCCAUUCAAGCUGACGGCCGAUGGCUACGAAUCGCACUUUGCCAUCAAUUACCUGGGCCACUUCAUGCUCACCCACCUGCUGCUGCCGAAGCUGCGUGCGGCUGGCAAGCCGGGCAGAAAUGCGCGCAUUGUGAACGUUAGCUCCUGCGUGAAUCUGAUUGGCCGCAUCAACUACAAGGACCUCAAUGGACUCAAAUACUAUUAUCCCGGCACUGCGUACAGCCAGUCGAAGCUGGCACAGAUUCUGUUCACACGCCACCUGCAGACGUUGCUGGAUGCGGAGAAGGCCAACGUGCAGGUGAAUGUGGUGCAUCCGGGCAUUGUGGACACGGAUCUGUUUGAGCACUCGGCCACGACGGCGGUGCCGUUCUUCAAAAAGCUCUUCUUCAAGACGCCGGAGCGGGGCUCACGCACCGUUGUCUUCGCUGCCAUAGAUCCGUCCAUCGAGGGCCAGGGAGGCACCUAUCUGAGCAACGGCGGCAAGGGACCCUUCCACGCGGACGCCAAGCAGCCGGCCAAGUGCGAAAAGUUCUUUGAGCACUCCUGCGCGCUGCUGAAGAUCAAGCAGUACGGCAACGGCGAAUAUCCACUCUAAUAUUAUUUAUGUAUGACAUUUGCUAACAUUCCCCAACUGGUGCAACGUAAUUUUCUGUUAAGUAAUUUCAUGUUUAAUAUCAUCUUAUAUUAAAAAAAAAAAGCUAAAAACAAGAAUAACACAAUUUGAAUAAUUAAAAAAAUGUAUUUGUUUUGUUUUGCAAGCAUGUUGCAUGCCUUCACUUAAAGUCGGAUAAUGUCGGAUAAGUGUGGAUAACAAGGUAUAACUCCAAAUGUAUUUUAAUUCAAUUACGAAUAGUUUCAAAAUAAAUAUGUUACGCUACUCAGAA